AUAGAUCGUCGGUGCGUUCCCUGGAGAAGGGAGACUUUAAUUUGCAUCGGAUGAACAGAGGAAAUACGCAACAGAAUGUCUUCAGUUUCAUCGCAGUUUCUCGACAGAUGAACAGAGCGGGAAAAGUAGUGCGGAUCCGCGAGAAAGUGGUCUUGUCAACUGAUUGUCCCUGUGCUGCCUCCUGAUUGGCCCUGUGCUGUGGGCCCUGCCUCCUGAUUGGUCGUCUGUAGGAUUCCACCAAUCACGGCUCCCAUUCUGGGCCAUGUCUAAGAGUGACACCUGGCCAGGUGGUGUUGCCAUGGAAACGGUCAUCUCAAAGGACAGCGCUGGGAGCUAUGACAGUGUAAUCAGCAUGGACUCUAAUCAUAGUGAUGACAGUCUUAUGUAUUUUGCGCCUGACGUGAGAGCGAGUCUGAUGUUUCUGGAAGAGACCAUUGAGUCUCUGGAGUUGGAGGAGGACAGUGGCCUUUCCAAUGACGAGCUUGACCCAUACACGCCAACUCCCACACACACCGACAAGGUCACCAUCUGUCUCCCUACACACACACGGAUGGAAGAUGUGUCCAGAUGCCAUGACGAUCCCAACCAGGUGAUGGGUAAAAACCACAAGCCAUCGAUGAGCUACAUGGUGCCCACACCUUUACUCCUGGCCAACGGCCCUAGCCUCCUGCGCUCGAGAUUACCGUCGUCUUCAGCUGCGGACCACAAGCCAACACCCACGCCAACGCCCCCCACUACUGGCACGGCUGUCGCUAAACAUGCCGGUCCGGAGGCUGUCGCCAUGGAUAAACUUAUUACUGUGCCAGCUGCCGUCUCGACUAGUGGACACUCUGCUGCUGCUGACCCAGUUGAAAUCGAUAUAAGUAAAGUCAUGCCUGCUGGACUGGAGGUGACCUCUACUAAACUGAUUACUGAUGCAUUCGAAUUGCCAACGGAUAAAGCCGUGGACUCACCUGAGCUGAUAGGUGAUGAGCGCACCACGGAUGCAGCUGGGAGGCCUGUGAGCACACACACCAGUGAUCCCGAUCAACUGAUCUCUGCUAAUCUCGCGGGUGGCCCAACUACUCACCAGAUGCCUGUAGAGGUGCCCACAGACACCACCCUCACAACUACCCCUGCCUGUGCCAGUGCAGUGGGUAUCAGUGAGGAUGCCACCAGCGCCACACCUGUGGAGGAUGCCCCCAAAGCCCCUCAGGUUGCUGGGGUCGCCCCUCCUGGAGGGGGCAUGGAGUUUAUUCCGCCCCCCAUGGCCUUCAUGGAUGAACCAGCGGAGGACAGUGACUCUGAGACGCCCGUGCCCUCAGACAUUAACCUGGCAGACAUCCCAGCUCCAGCUGUUCCGGCAGAGGACGCCCCAAAUCCCGCUUUUCCAGCGUCUGAUAUUCCAGCUCCUGUGAUUCCAUCUCCAGAUGUUUUGACCCAGGAUGCUAAUGACGCUAGUUUCUCAGCAUCCGGCAUUCGUCCUCCAGUUAUGUCAUCUCCAGAUGUCCCUGCCCGGGUCACCUUUGAUGCUAUGCUCCCAGACAUAGUCAUUCCACCUCCAGAGAUUGCAACACCCAACAGUCCAGAUCCUCCUGAUAAUCCCAUCCCAGUAAUUCCCAGUCCAGACAUCCCAGCUCUCGUUAUUCCAACAAUUGACAUUCCAGCUCCUGAUCCACCGAGCGCAGUCCCCCCUUCCCAGACUCCUCCAAACGAGAGCGAAACAGCGAACGGAGCGGCGGGCGGAGCAGGGGGCGUGGAAAGCGUUGGCCCCGCCUCCCAGAGAGGCCCGCUGUCCUACAGUGAACUGGAGAAGCUGCGGAAGAAGGCGUCCAUGAAGAAGGCGCCGGGAUCCGUCCCCGUGGUCCACAUUCGCCGGCCGGCCUCCCCGGCCCACCCCGCCCCGGCCCAGUCGUCUCCCACCGCCGAGGGUCUGCCGCGGCCGCCACAGGAGUACUGCGACGCCAAGAGCCCGCCGACCGUCGCUCCCAAGCCCAAGAAACUGCCCUCCAACAUCGUCCUAAAUCCGCACCGGUUGGCCGACCCCGUGAGCGGUCCUCUCAUCUCGCCUGACCGGGUUCUGAUGGACCCGCAGAAGGUGCACAUGGAGGCGCUGCGCAAACUGGGCCUGCUCAAGGGCGACGAGCCAGACUCCCGUGCCGCCUCCGGCCACUCCCUCUCGCCGAGGUCACGCAGGUCGUGGGCGCCACCCUCCGGUCCGCUGCCCACACCUGAGGUGACCGCUCAGCCGGCCCUGCCCUCCCUGAGGCCUCCUGCAGCAGACACACCCAGCCCCAAGCUCUCUCCUGCCCCCCAGAGGAAGACGGUGCAAGUGCGGCUGGCCCCUCGACAGGUGCCCUCUGGCUCUGACGAGGGUGGUCAGGGGGUAGCGGAGACGCCAGUGGGGGGCAAUGAGGACGAGCAGGACGAUCUGGACAUACCAGAUCAUCUCCCGCCCAGCCCUCCCGCCGCACACGCACACACACACACACACACACACACAUCCCCCAACAGCUCGGCGCCCCGUCCCCAUGGCAUCAGUGUUCAGAUCAGCCCCCUCAGUAAUGAAGAGGACCGCAGGGAGGCGCUCAGGAAACUGGGCCUACUUAAGGACUAGACAGUGUGUGUGUGUGUGUGUGUGUGUGUAGCUGGGGCUACUUAGGGACUAGAGUAUGAAUGUGUGUGUGUGUG